CAUUUUUCCUCAUUUAUUCAUUUUUUGUUCAAUUGGUUAUCUUUAAUUUAAUUAAAAAUUUCUGAGAUACCGAAAUGGAAGAGGAGGUGAAGAGUCUACUGGAUGGGCAUGAAGACAGUAUUCACAGGAAAUUCACGGAAUUUUUUGGUAAGAAAAAUGUGGAGGAGCAGUGCGAUGAAGAGAAAUUAUCAGAGCUGCAUGAAGCUUACAAGGCAGCGAAAUACCAAGAGAUGGACGAGACCCAGCUCCACGAAGCCUUCGAGAAAUUUCUCAAGAUCCGAAUGUCUAAAGAAGACUUCGCGCACCUCUUCAAACAAAUGGAUUCCAUGAGAGACGAGCGGAUAACAUGGGACGAGUUCGUCUCCUACCUCCUCCUGGAGUUCAGGCUGACGGGCACAGCAGAACUCAAGUCUCAACCCAUGGAACUCCCGCUGAAGGGGCCCCCGGAGCUGCUCCCCACUCGUCAUCGCUCGGCAAUCUGUCGGAUAAUAUUCUCUCCUUACUUAAUUUCUUCGGAAAACAGAAGUUCAAGUUUUCAGAGUGGGAGGUACCUUACAGUCUCCAAGGAUGGAGUCAUCAACUACUGGUCUUUGGAUCUGGUGCAUCAGAAGAGCGUUAAAUCAAUCAAUCCUGAUUUCAAGGUUCAAUCGACGAUUAUUACGGAUAUCAUUGCGAUGCCGGAUGUUCAGGUGGUCUGCACGAGCUCCGUGGAGAGAGAUCUGAGGUUUUAUGAUACUGCCGCUGGAAAAUUUGAUCUACGAAUUCGAAUUACGAGUCUGCGAGAUGCAGUAAUCUGCAUGGCUUACUACUUCAGCGAGGACAUAAGAGAGAACUCCUACAUCAUUCUCGGGGACACUGGGGGCUCCGUGAGAGUAAUAGCAUUCUCGCCAUUCGACAGAGGACCUUUCAAACAAAACCCUCGGCGAGAGACUUUGGAAGCCACUUACGAAAGUCUCCUCAAAGGACACAUCGAUGGCCUCGUCGUGACGGAAUUCAAUCGCGUCCACAGCGAUUGGGUCUCGGAAGUGAAGUACUACGGAGGGCUUCGAGGAUUUCUCUCCUGCGCCAAAUGCUCGAAUUGUUCUUUACUGCUGAGCGAUCCUAGUGGGACCAAAAUGAGAUAUGAAUUCAGAGUUCACAUGGGAAUCUCUUGUUUCACUGUCUUUGAAGAAAAGCAGCUGUUGAUGACCGGAGGGCCAGACUGCCUGAUUCGCGCCUGGAACCCCUUCGUCCCGUACCGACCUAACGCAAUUCUGCGAGGUCAUCGAUCCCCAAUCUGCUUCAUAGCAAUCCAACCCCCCGGGACAUUAGCCUACUCACUGUCUAAAGAUCGAUGCAUCAAGGUCUGGGACAUAUCCUCCCAGUCGUGUGUGCAAACUUACAACAGCCUUCCCAGCGAGCUCAGUGAGCGAACUCCAAUGUCAGUGAUUUACAACUCGGUCACUCAGAAAUUGAUAAUUGCCAGCAUGAUGAUUGCUCUUGUCUCCUGUCAGAGGGUUAUCGACGAGGAAAUUUCCGAUGGCGAGACCCACACGAAGGGAAUUACCUGUCUUGUUUACAAUCCACUUUUCAAAAUGAUUGUUUCCACUGGAACUGAUUCAUGCAUAAUGUACUGGGACCCCUGGACGGGAAAGCGGAUCCACUGCAUCACAAAUGCUCAUAGCAAGAAAAAUCUGGGAUCUUACGAGCAAAUCGAAAUCACCGCUGCCACCUUCGAUUAUUCUUAUCAGCUGUUGAUCACCGGAGGGAGGGAUGGAUCUUUGAAAAUCUGGAGUUUCAAUUCUGGGUCUUGCAUUAAGAAUAUGGUCGUAGAGGAUCAAUGCGGUAUAACUGGAAUAAUUUGGCUGAAGAAUCGAAUCCUAUGCGCGGGAUGGAAUGGCUGCAUCGUAGAAUUCGCCGACACUGAGACUGGAAUAUACCGGAAGUCCUGGGAGAAAAGACAUACCGAGGAAAUCCUGUGCGCGGCUGUCAGGUUUCCCCAGGCUUUAGUUACAGCCUCUUACAACGGGGAAUUGAUUAUGUGGAGGAUGGAGACGGGACAGCCUUACAGGCGUUAUCAAGUCGAAAAUCCUACGGAAAGGUACAACAUCGUUUACAAAACGAGAAGAUGGGAGAUGUCAGAGGAUCAAGAAAAAUCAGUGAAUUUUGACCCCAAGAGAAAUAAUGAAUCGCAGGAGAAAUCAGCACUCGCAGUGAUACGAACAGUUUCAGUCAGAUGUGUAAUGUUCCUCUGCUCUAGGGAUAUGGAACCCAACGUGGGAAGUUUGCUUGUGGCUUUGGACAGCGGUUUCAUCCAAGUCUGGAGUCAUCAUGUAGUGGGGGGAUUCCUCAAAGCGUUUAAUGUUAAACAUGUCCCGCGGGAUUGCUGCAUUUGCAUGGCUACUGAUCCAGAGAACGAUUAUUUAAUUACAGGACAUUUAUUUGGGUACAUAAAAGUCUGGUACAUCCGGAAUUACGGGAUUACCAAUCCCCCGAGGGUGAAUAUGCCCUCCCUGAGACUGGAAUUUCCAUUCCUCUGGAAGGAUAGGGUUCCGGGUCGUGCGAAGCGCGCAGUUAAAGAUCAGCCGCUACCGAUUCUGUUGACUUCGUUCAAAGGUCAUACGAAGUCCAUCACUGCGGUUCAAUACCUCCCGGAAGCUAAGAUCAUCAUCAGUGGAAGCAGAGAUCACACUGUGAAGCUGUGGUCCAUAUCCGGGCGCUAUAUCUCGACUUUUGGAACAUUGAAACCGUGGAGGAAACUUCUACCGGAUGUACCAGUAUCAGAAUACCUGAAAGAUUACAGUCUUCCCCCAGAUGUGAAACGAAUUGGCUCUUCAACAACAAUUAAGGUGUUUGAAGGUGGAUACGUUGGUGCCAAAAUCGAAGACUUCGAGGAAAUGGAGAGCAUGAAAGAAGUUCCUGAUCAUGAGCGUCACUUGUUGUACGGACAGAGAUUGGAAGAGCCAAUUCUUGGGCAAAGUUACAGCCCUGGGCCUCGUCCUAAGGUCGAUGAGAAGCCAAAGCUCGAUAACACACUUGCUUACAUUCCAGUUUACAGUCAUCUGAAAACCCCUGACCUCUUGCCCCUCCCCAAGAGGCUUUCCUUAAAAUAAAAAACCACAAAUGAAGAAAUUGAUUGAAUGCAUGAACGAUGAAACUCAAACACAAUUGAAUACACGAAGAAGGUCCUCUGCUAUUAGAUUUUCGACAACAUUGAGGUCUCUUCUUAAAAAAAAAACAAAACAAAAAAAACGAAUUGAAAUAAAUGAAAAAACCACAAACCAAGAAAUUCACUGAAUCCAUAUAAAAUGAGAUCUAAAAAUUAAUUGAAUACAUAAAGUAGAUC